GAUUCUGCACAAAAUAUCCCAAAAACCUUACCUUGUCCAGGAAACAGUGAAAAGGAUGGCGACUCUUUCCGUGACCGAAGAUUGUGAGCAGCUCAGAAAAGCCUUCGCAGGAUGGGGGACGAAUGAAGGGUUGAUCAUAUCCAUAUUGGCUCAUAGAAAUGCUGCUCAGAUCAAGUCGAUUCGGCAAACAUAUGCCCAAACUUAUGGAGAAGAUCUUCUCAAGGAUUUGAACAAAGAACUUUCCAAUGACUUCGAGAGGGUGGUAUUGCUGUGGACACUUGAUCCUGCUGAACGUGAUGCCUUUUUGGCAAAUGAAGCUACCAAGAGGUUGACUUCAAGCAAUCAAGUUCUAGUGGAGAUAGCUUGUACUAGGACUUCACAGCAACUGCUCUUGGCGAAGCAAGCUUAUCAUGCUCGUUUUAAGAGAUCCCUAGAAGAGGAUGUUGCAUAUCACACAAGUGGGGACUUUCGCAAGCUUUUGGUACCUCUUGUGGGCACGUAUCGAUAUGAGGGAGAGGAGGUGAACAUGACUCUUGCAAAAUCAGAGGCUAAGAUACUCCAUGAGAAGAUUUCCGAGAAGGCUUACAAUCAUGAGGAUGUCAUCAGAAUUUUGGCAACAAGGAGCAAAGCACAGAUCAACGCAACACUGAAUCACUACAAAAAUGAAUUUGGGAAUGAUAUCAACAAGGAUCUGAAAACUGACCCCAAGGACGAGUUCCUUGCAAUAUUGAGAGCCACUGUGAAGUGCUUGACCCGCCCAGAGAAGUACUUUGAGAAGGUUCUCAGGCUGGCAAUCAACAAGCGAGGCACAGAUGAAGGGGCUCUCACUAGAGUUGUCACUACAAGGGCUGAGAUUGACAUGAAGAUCAUAAAGGAGGAGUACCACAAAAGGAACAGCGUCACUCUGGAUCAUGCCAUUGGCAAGGACACCACUGGAGACUAUGAAAAAAUGCUUCUGGCCCUGAUAGGACACGGAGAUGCUUGAGCUCGUUAUUUCUUCAUGACAUUUGCUUCUGAUGGUGUCUAUAUAUAUAACUUAUAUAGUCUGCCAUGUUUUCAAAUGGUUGCAUGUUGUGGAAUGGGUUAUCCUGGUUUUGUGUGUGGUCCUUAAUAAUCAGUCUUGUGGCUAUUGCGUGUCUUGGAAGACUUCAGUGUGAUCAGUUAAUAUCAUAUUAUGGUAUUUACCUUGUUUUGGCA